AUGUUCGCGCCAAGGGGCAUCACGACUACUAUCCGAUCGAUACUGAUAAGCAUCAUUAGCCUCGUCAUCCUCGUUCCAAAGCCUAUUGAACUCAUCUUGAUACUUCUGUGGAAUGGGAGUACGACGUGGUUCGUCAUGAAUCCAGCCACGAGAGCGCUGGUAGUCAUCUUCAUGACGGCGCGAGCGCUCAUAACCGUUAUCAGUGAAGUCGAAGCUGCUACCGAGCGCUGCUCGAACCGUGAGACCGACUCUGAUCGUUUUUUAAGUACGAGUAUCUUCGAGGACCACAGCGGCCACGGUGGAUACACUGCGUGCAUUAAACUACUAGCAAAAUACUCAAAACUCACGCGGUGCUACGGCAACUUCAUCCAUAGCCGGUAA